AUGAUUUUUUGUAUUACCUCUUUCCGCAGCCCCAUCGUCCUGACCCACACAGCGCUGAUUCAACGCGUCCUCGCGACCUUCCCCUUGCUCGCGAUCGGCAUCGUUGCUUCCUUCCACGCUUCGACGCAAUGCAUCAUCGGUGGUACCAACAGGUGAAAUAUCGUACAGAAUCUCAAUAUACUCCAAGGCUUGAUGAUUGAUGUAUUGUACUCCUUGUGAUGGCAUGCAGAUUUUGGGUGCUGCUACAUCUUGCAUCAGGGUUUUCGUUCGCCGCUGGGCUGUUUGAGUUGGGCAAUUUGUCCGAGUUCGUUGGGUCCAACGAAAAUCCAACAUCAACAGCCGAGCUCUCCAACCCUUCUAGAGGCUUUGGGGUCGCAGCUGGUCAGUAACCACGUCAUAGCUCCCCCUCUGACGUGUAUCGAACUCACGCAGUUCAUCGCCCGCAGCACUCGCCCAUGCCUUCGCACUGCUCUUCCUCCUUUCCUACCUCCAUCGUCGACUCUCCCUCGCCACCAUCAACGAGUCCAAAAUUGUCGUUGGAGCAUCCAACUUCCUUCCCUGGACUUCGACGGAUCAAGAGACGCACUUGGUCGCGAUCACGAGUUGGGAGAGUUUCGGUUGGAUAGGAGAGGCGCUCAAGAUGGGGCUGUGGGGUUUGAUCGCCGUGGUCGGGGUGCUGGAAGCUGUUUGGGGAGUUGGUUCGAUCAGAGGGUAAGUUUGCAGUCGUUUAUCUGCUCGAUUGGGAAAUUGCGGAGUGAUUUGAUGGAGUCAGACUCAUCGCAGAUUCAGUCGCUUCCGACCGCUCCACGUCGCGAAUCAAGCGUUACAGCUCAUCAUCACUCUCGCUUUGCUCGCCAAGAUCGUCGUCUCGAUUUGCAUGCUGGACAUGCAACGACGAACGAGCAGUCUUCUAGGGUAAAGCCCCUCUCAAUAUGUAUGCCUAAAUGCAGCGUAGUGCUAAGACUUGGUCCCUUUUCACCAGAUACGGCUGCAUCAGUCUCGCGCUCCUCCUCGGGGGUUUCAUCGUUCCGGCUAUUUCACUUCAUCCGAGUUUGAUUCUGUUCACCGAAACUCCUUUGGCGAGGCUCUUCAAGAUGAUCGAGAUGGUGAGUUCGGCAAUAUACCUUCCCGUCUAGGUGCAUAGAUCCGUACAUCCCAAAACUAAUUAGCGUCUCCUCACAGCUCGUCCUCCUGUUCGAGCUCGCCAUCUUCAACCACCAACUUGAAGCCCAACCUUCAGGACUUCCUCGCCUCCCGAGCCUUCCACCCAGCAUCAAAGGCUCCGCCCUAUCAAUCGACCUCCCCUCGCGCGCAAGUCUUCGUCCAGUCCCUGUCACCGGCCCUUCAACCCACCUCCCUACCACCACGGCCCUGCGCCAAUUGAACACCCCUUCUACUUUAAAUGAAGUUCAAGACAGCACGCAGCCGAGACGAAGUUCGUCAAUGACACUGGGGUGGCAUACGAGGGAUUGGGUUGCUUCGAACCUACGUGCCGCCGUGGGUGGUGGGAACUGCAGUGGAGGUGAAGACCGCAUCAGUUCGACCUCUGCAGAAACACCGCAUUCGAUCGUCGAAGUCGAGUUUUCCCACAUCGAUCAAGAGGUCGAGGAAGUUCGUCCCCGACGAAACCUGGACGAAGGGUCUCACCGACUGGGCUUGAGGGAAAUGUUCCCACCUUUACCCCCCUCGCCUUCUCCCACACCGACAGGGACGACGUUCCCGCUUGAGCUUGCGAAUCGAUCGAGCCAAAGAGAGGAGUAUGGAAGACCUUCAGCUGCGGGACCGAUCAUACCUACUCGUUCUUCGGGCGGGGUACAAGAAGAAAUCGAAGCGAUAUUGGCGGAGGUCCAGGAAGAAAUCGAAGCAAUGCCCACAGCCAUCCGAUGUCAAGCUUCGUCGUCUUCCGCGACUCUGGCCGAGGAUGAGCUCACGAGGGUCUACGAAGAGAUGCUCAACAAUUUUCCGCUUGAAUCACCGGAGGAACCCAGUAGUCGCUCCGACUUACCGGAGAGUCCUCAACGAGCCCGCGCGAUGCUACAGAAGAAACCCUCGGAUCGGCUUGAUCCGGUCGCGCGAUCGAGUGUGGUCACACAAGCUUCGUCGUUCGUCGAGUCGCCUUUGACGAUGUCCAAGUUUCCACGUUCCCCCGUUUCCGAGGUGUAUUCCAGGCCGACUUCAGCACCUCCGCUCGAUACGAUUUCCCCUACCCCUUCAGGCCGAAGUUCGCGAGUGCGCGGUGGCAACCUGAACGAUCUCUUUAUCGUACCGCCGCCUCUACAGACCACGGCGAUCGCUUAUGGAGGCGAAGCCCCGGUGGAGCGUGUCAGUCUCGAAUUAGGUGAAGGAUCGCUCUCUGCUCCUAGGCGUCGUGUCAAUCGGGAUGGACAAGGAGGGAUCGACGUUACAUUCCUCCUCGUAGGUCCCGCGUCUUCCGAGGAGAUGACCAAUUCCCAAGUCCAUCUCCCACAAAGCUCCAACUCCCCACUCGGUCCCUCCCCCGUCUCCCUCUCCAACAUCCAUCUCGAAUCAUCCACGAGCGAUCCGACCCGCACGUCCUAUUUCGACUCCCAAACCGACGAAGACCCCAACCUCGAUUUCGAAAACGACGAUGGCCCCUCUUCCCUCGCCCAGAUCCAUUGCGCAAGUCGAGGAUAUCUCACCGUUCGAAAAGCCUCACUCAUCCGCACGCCAUCCCCUCUGGGUUCAUCACAAUUGCCCUUACCUACUAUCGUAGAACCACAAAUGACGGAGAAGAGUACGGUCUCGAGUGAGGGUUUGGAAAUCCCUUCCAUGCCGAAUCGAAUUGGAGCUCGCUCACCCUCUUCGAAUAGCUUGUUCUUCAAUCUCGGCUCCUCACGUGACAAGGCAACGAACGGGUUCUCGGUACGGGAGAAACGCUCGAUCCUUGAAGCCCAAUUGAUGGCCGCUGCGGCGAUCAAGAGGUGGUCGGCAGCUAAGACGACACCUUCGCCACCAUACGGUGACUCCGAAAUUCGGCCGAAGGCGCACGGUUGGCUACCGGAAGGGAUUCUUGAACCGCCGCGUUCGGCACCGGUGCCGGGAACGAAGGGCUGGGUGGGUCCGUUGAGAACUCCCCAGUGA